UAAUGGAAAAAUUUCCACAAAGGAAAUUAAGAUUUGUAAAAUUGGUUAUCAGUAACAACGCAAAUUUGAACCCAUUUGUUGCACAAGGAGCUUGGAGUGAGGAAGAAAGGAAGUUAUUUCAGGAAGCUCUUGAAAAAUUUGGGAACAAUUGGAGAGAAGUAUCGCAAGUAGUAAAAACAAGAUCACCAAAACAGUGUUCUAGUUAUUAUCAAAGCAUAAAGGCUAAAAAGUGA